CACUAAAAGCGUGGCUGAUAAGUCCUCACUGAGGAGCAGAGAAGAAGGUGCCUGGAUUUACAGAGGAGAGAAUGGCUGCUGAACCCUGCUGAAGUGGAGUGAAGGACCUGGUGCUUCAGUAGUGGAGGAGGAAGAUGAUGAAGAUGAUGAGGGUGAGGUCAGUCUGGAUGCUGACACUGCUCUACAGCACUGUAGUUCUGCAUGUCGAGGCAAAGGAGGCUUGUUACUGUAACGGGAAAUCCAAAUGUCACUGUCAAGGAGUUAAAGGCCAAAGGGGUGAAAAGGGGUAUCCUGGUGAUUCUGGACCUCCUGGAGUAAAAGGCUAUGCUGGAGCUGAAGGUCAUCGAGGGCCUCAGGGUGAAAAGGGAUAUCCUGGUCCUGUUGGUGUUCCUGGAGCAAAAGGGGACAGGGGUCUUGAUGGAAAUAUAGGUUUCCUUGGAGCUCCAGGUUUGCCGGGAAUCCCGGGACAUCAGGGUCCUGUUGGUUUGCCUGGGAGUCCUGGAUGCAACGGAACAAAGGGAGAACCUGGUGGACCUGGUCUUCCUGGCCUGCCUGGCUCCAUUGGAUCAACGGGAGUUCCUGGUGAACGUGGGCGAAGAGGUGAACCCGGACCAUCAGCUCCAAGCAUUAAAGGACUCCCUGGACCUCCAGGACCUGUCGGUGCUCCAGGAAUUUCUGGCCCACCAGGCCGAGAUGGAUCUCGAGGACCUGAAGGUUACAGAGGAAGUGAUGGAUCUCCUGGGCCUCGAGGAACAGAAGGGUUAAAGGGUCGAGAGGGACGAAGAUCUGGUGUUCCAGGUCCUCCUGGACCACAGGGGGACCGUGGACCCCCCGGAAGCCCUGGUCCAAGAGGAACCAAACUAUAUGCAAGUCUCACUCAGGACUUAAAGGGUGAUAUUGGAGAUCCAGGCGAAAUGGGCUGUCCUGGAAUACCUGGAAAUCCCGGCUCCUCCCACCACAGAGCUGAAAAGGGGGAUAAAGGUGAUGAAGGUCCUGAGGGAAAAUUAGGGAAGGAAGGAUUACCAGGAGUCGGUGGAUUAACGGGUGAAAAAGGACAGUUUGGUUAUCCCGGGUAUCAUCCUGGUCCUCUGGGGAUAAAGGGGGAGAAAGGAGACAGGGGUCCGGUGGGUCCUCCUGGAGAAGAUAGCGGGUAUUUUCAACCUAAAGGAUAUCAGGGGCCACCGGGCCCUAUAGGACCACCGGGUCCACCUGGUACACCAGGUGUCUCCGGGUUUCCUGGACCACAAGGCAUACCAGGUGAAUAUAUCAUCCCUGGACCUCCGGGACCAGGCGGACCACCGGGCCAGGCCGGGACCAAAGGGGACAGGGGUGACCCAGCUCCAGAUGUUUUUGGACCCCCUGGUGUGGAUGGACCUCCAGGACUCCAGGGGCCUCCUGGUGACCCUGGACUUCCAGGCGCAAUACUGCCCCCAGAGUAUAUCAACCAGGGGCCGCAGGGUCUGAAGGGAAUUAAGGGUAUUAUGGGCCCUCCUGGAGAGUUUGGUCCACCAGGUCAUAAAGGUGGAAAGGGAGAGCCCUGUUUUCUGUGCUGUAACGGACAGCCAGGGCCGCCAGGUCCACCUGGAAUUCCAGGUCCAAACGCGGGACCCGGGCCGAAAGGAGAUGCAGGGUUUACAGGAUCUCCUGGUGCUCCAGGCUUUCCGGGGGCUCCAGGCCCACCUGGACAACAGGGGGCACCAGGGACUAAAGGAGUUGGAGGAAUCUCUUACCACGAUGGAGAGAAGGGGGAUAAAGGAGCUCCAGGUGUUCCAGGUCCACCUGGGCGAGACGGUAUCCCUGGUCGUCCUGGAUUCCCUGGGCUUAAGGGAAUACAUGGGCCCAAAGGGGAUUCGAGUUCAGCAUUCAGCUUCAGGGGUGAUCCUGGACCUCCUGGGUUUCCUGGACUUCCUGGACGCCCAGGACCCAGUGGGCCUCCGGGACCUCCAGGAUACGGACUGAUGGGCUUUGCUGGACUGAAGGGCAGCCGUGGAGUGCAGGGCCUCAGAGGUGCCACUGGACCACCAGGUCAGAAAGGGGAGCCAGUUGGGGUUGAUGGUUAUCCAGGCCAUAAGGGCUUUCCAGGACCUCCAGGGCCCCCUGGACUUCCAGGGAAUUCUGGGCAGCCCGGCAGAGCAGGACUUCCAGGUCAACGUGGUUCAAAAGGAAACCGUGGAGUUUGUUGUUCUGAUAGUUUGGGACCUCCAGGAGUUAAGGGUAACAAAGGCCUGCCUGGACCUGCUGGAGUUCCUGGAUUAGGCUUGAAUGGCCAAUCUGGACAGAUUGGAGCUCCAGGAUUACCAGGGCCAAAGGGGGAGCCUGGAUAUGGACCACCAGGACCCGAUGGGAUGCCUGGGAAUGUAGGUGAGCAAGGUGCUCAAGGUCCUCCAGGAGAUCAGGGGUUACCUGGUUUGCCUGGAGUACCUGGACCACCUGGAGGACCAGGAGGACUUGGACCGAAAGGUAAUAAGGGGAUUGUGGGUUCUCCUGGACUACCUGGACCACCCACCGACUGUACAACAACAAUGGGUCCACGAGGAAAUCCUGGAAUUACAGGUCCACCAGGACCGAGUGGACUGAAAGGAAUAAGAGGGAAUCCUGGAGUCCCAGGUUUUGGUCCACCUGGUCCUUCUGGACCACCUGGACCACCUGGACCACCUGGAACGCCAAUGCGUGGGAUUCCUGGACUUCCUGGAGAACAUGGUUCCAAAGGGUCAGCUGGAAUUCCUGGAAUACAAGGACCCCCUGGAGAUGCAGGAUUACCAGGAGUAUCAUCUAAUGGACCACCUGGAGCUCCUGGUUUACCUGGACUACCUGGUCUUAAAGGAUCUCGGGGUUUGGCUGGCGUUCAAGGCCCAAGAGGUCCACCUGGAGUUUCUGGAGAUGUUGGGGAAAAUGGGCCACCAGGUCCUGCAGAGCUUGGCGACCUUGGACCUCCUGGAGAUCCUGGACAGCCAGGCUCGCCUGGUUUCCCUGGUGAAAGAGGAGAUCCUGGACCUCCAGGAAUAAGAGGAACUGAUGGACGAGAUGGGAUUCCUGGACAACCUGGACCACAGGGUCCUGUUGGAGAUCGAGGAGCCGACAGCUUCGUUCCUGGAGCUCCAGGCUCAGUUGGAGUUCGAGGAGGUCCUGGACGUAUAGGAUUUCCUGGUCCUCGGGGUGUGAAGGGAGAACCUGGUUUGUCUGGACUCCCUGGGCCUUCAGGAGCUCCUGGUAUACCAGGAAUUAAAGGCCAUAAAGGAGAUCUAGGCAGAGGGUCUCUGGGAGCUUCUGGGCCAAGAGGACAAAAGGGAGAACCUGGACUUCCAGGUCAUGGUGCACAGAAAGGAGAGAAGGGAAAUGUUGGAUAUCCUGGACCCCCUGGUAGCUAUGGUCCACCAGGGCCUACAGGAGACAUCGGAGCUCCUGGACUUCAAGGACCACCAGGCCUACCUGGUUCAACAGGCUCUGUAGGUCCUCCUGGACCUUCUGGACACCCAGGGUUACAGGGCCCACCAGGGUCUCCUGGUCCUCCUGGACCUCGUGGACCUGUAGGUGAAAAGGGAAACCAAGGCUUGGAUGGGUUUCCUGGACUUCCAGGACUGAAAGGAGACACAGGAUUUGUAGAGGGAGUUCCAGGCAGAAAAGGAGAGAGAGGGAAUCCAGGUCCUAAAGGAGACGUAGGGCUUCCUGGCAUCCCAAGCUUUGGGUACUUUGGUCCUCCUGGAAGUAAAGGAAUCCCCGGGCCUUCAGGACCUCCUGGUGCACGUGGAUAUCCUGGUGCUUCUGGUGAAUGUUUAAAUGGGAGGAAAGGAGAUCCUGGACUUCCAGGAAGGCCCGGAGAUCAAGGGCCACAAGGCUCCAGGGGCCCUCCAGGGCCUUCCCUGCCUGGAUAUAAAGGAGACAAGGGAGACAGGGGGCUGCCAGGUCAUCCAGGUCGUGUUGGUGAGAGAGGAGGCCAUGGACCCCAGGGGCUUCAGGGACCUGGAGGUGGAGUGGGCAGUCCUGGAGUACGAGGGGAUCCCGGACCUCCUGGACCCCCAGGGUUACAGGGUGAGAACGGAGACCCGAACUACUAUCCUGGACGUAAAGGUGUUCCUGGACCAGGAGGACCCCCUGGACCACCAGGUCUAACAGGACAAAGUGUUUCAGAGCAGUAUGACGUAAUACCUGGAGACCCUGGACCAGAUGGAAGCCCUGGAGCCCCCGGCUUACCUGGAUAUACUGGACCACCUGGACCACCGGGGCCUGCAGGUGCUCAAGGCUCCAGAGGUGUUCCAGGUCAGUCUGUUCCAGGACUUCCUGGCUUUCCUGGGCAGAAAGGAGAUAAAGGAGUACCUGGGCAGCCAGGUCCAGUUGGUUAUAUUGGUCAGCCAGGACUGAAAGGUCUUCGUGGUCCUCCAGGAAGAGCAGUUCAGGGUCUUCUCGACAGCUUUCUGCUGACCAGACACAGCCAGAGCAUCCAAGUGCCCACCUGCCCCCAGGGCACCUCCCUCAUCUACUCCGGAUACUCCUUACUCUAUAUCAACGGGAAUGAGAGGGCACAUGGGCAAGACCUGGGUUCGAUGGGCAGCUGCUUGCCUCGCUUCUCCACCAUGCCCUUCCUGUUCUGUGAUACGGAGAGCACCUGCCGCUACGCCUCCCGCAACGACUACUCCUAUUGGCUCAGCACGGACCAGGCCACGCCCCCAAACAUGCACCUGAUCCGGGGGGAAGACCUGGCCAAGUACAUCAGCAGGUGUUCAGUAUGUGAGAGCACCACCAACACCAUCGCCAUCCACAGCCAGACCACCCAGACCCCCCAGUGCCCCCGCGGCUGGUUCUCACUCUGGACUGGAUAUUCCUUCGCCAUGCAAACCGGUGCGGGAGCGGAGGGGUCCGGGCAGCCCCUGAUCUCUCCCGGUUCCUGUCUGGAACACUUUCGGCAGGUUCCCUUCAUCGAGUGUCACGGCCGAGGUACCUGUAACUAUUACCCAGACUCCUACAGCUACUGGCUCGCCUCCCUCGACCCUGCUCACAUAUUCAGUAAGCCUGUACCUCAAACAGUGAAAGGUCCGGAUAUGACGAGCGUCGUGAGUCGCUGCAGAGUCUGCAUGAAAACACUGUAAAACCAGCCCAAAAGCUGCUGAAAUAUCAAUAUGAAUUAUUAUUAUAUACAUUAAUAAUAAUUAAGCUGCAUUUCUAUAGACGUCACUUGAUGGAUUUUUUUUUGCAUUUACAUAAAUGAUCAUAUGAUAAGAAAAUGCCUGGUGAACAGAGAUAGAGAUAUGGGUUUAUAGCAGAAGUGACUGUACAGCAUCAUCAACAUUUACUUACUUACAUUAUAAAGUAGGUGGACUGCAGUGUUAUUGUUAAAUUUCCAAAUUAACCAGAAUCCAGAAGCCAGAAGUCUUGUAUCUCUGUGUGCAUCAUGCUUUUUUGAGGUCUCUUUGCUGUAUAUCUGUAUAUUGUCUGAUGAUAUGAAGUGAAUUAAUUAAUUUGAUUGUCUACAUUAUAAUUGUCAUGUGAUUAAAUACAGA